AUGACGGGCAAUGGGAUGGCCUUCUUCUCAGCAAAUUUCAUGCUUCAAACCCCUCACGAUCAUGACGAUCAUCAACCUCCCACUUCUCUCAAUCCAAUGUUGCCUUCCUGCACACCUCAAGAUUUUCAUGGUGUGGCAUCAUUUCUAGGAAAGCGAUCAGUGUCAUUUUCAGGGAUUGAAUUGGGUGAAGAAGCUCAUGGGGAAGAUGAUUUAUCAGAUGACGGGUCACAGGCAGGAGAGAAGAAGAGGAGGCUUAACAUGGAACAAGUGAAAACACUUGAGAAGAACUUUGAGUUGGGGAACAAGCUUGAGCCUGAGAGAAAAAUGCAGUUGGCCAGGGCUCUUGGCUUGCAGCCAAGACAGAUUGCUAUAUGGUUUCAGAACAGGAGGGCAAGGUGGAAGACAAAGCAAUUGGAGAAAGACUAUGAUGUCCUUAAGAGACAGUUUGAAGCAAUCAAAGCAGAUAAUGAUGCCCUCCAAGCUCAGAACCAAAAACUUCAGGCAGAGAUAUUGGCAUUGAAAAGUAGAGAACCAGCGGAAUCUAUCAACCUCAACAAAGAGACAGAGGGCUCUUGCAGCAACAGAAGUGAAAACAACUCAGAUAUCAAGUUGGACAUUUCGAGAACGCCAGCUAUCGACAGCCCUCAAUCUACUCAUCCAAAUCAAACCAGCAGAACCCUCUUUUCAUCCUCUCUAAUAAGGCCGCCUUCUGGAGUGGCACAGCUCUUUCAAAACACAUCAAGGCCUGAAGUAAUCCAAUGCCAGAAGAUUGAUCAGAUGGUCAAAGAAGAAAGCUUGACCAACAUGUUCUGUGGCAUUGAUGAUCAGUCUGCAGGGUUUUGGCCAUGGUUAGAAACACAUCAAUUCAAUUGA